AUGAACGACGUGGAGCUGGGCGAGCUAGUGAGGAAGUUUCAGGCCAUUCAGCGCCAGGACGUCCCUAACCAGAUUGGCGAACGCAACGUUGUUGAGAUCAUCAAUGUGCUUAGGGGCAAAAAUUUUAUUGACCUCCUGUACACCGUGGACGGCAAGGAGUAUCUUACAUGGGUUCAGCUGCGGCGUGAAGUUAUUGAUGAGAUAUCGGUGAACGGUGGACGCAUGAAUGUGGUUGAUCUUCCCGGUAGUCUGGGCGUGCAUGUCACACACAUUGAACGUGUGUUACCGGAGGUUCUUGAGGAUCCUACUAUCCACAUCGAGAAUGGUGAACUCAUCACCGACGAGUACCUGGACUCAACAAUUCGGGCUGCAGCUGAUAUGCUCAAGGAACGGGGAUUCCUUUCAAUUGCGGAAUUCGCAAAGACAUACCGCUUCACAUCCCUUUUUGCGCAAGAGCUCUUGACAAGAGCAGUAGAGUCAAGACGGCUAAAUGCCGUUCUGGAAGAAAAUGCCAUGUACACAAAACAGUUUGUGCGCUCGCAAAAAGUUAUCUUGCGUGCAGGCCUCAUGGCUGCAACGCGGCCCGUCAACCUGGUGACGUUCUUUGAACGGUACAAUCUGUUUGUGCCGCUCAUGGACCCUAUAAUUGAAGCUGUGCGCCCCGAAUUGCCGGGUCAAAUAGAUGGACGUAUUUAUGUGCCAACUCAUUUUGAAGUUUCCCGUGCCGAACAAGUAGAAAACAUAUAUCUUUCCAACGGCUACAUUGACUACGCAUCACUGCACCGACAAGGCAUAUCCCAGGCGAAGGAGUUCCUCCUAACGCGGUACAACCCUACGCCUAAGCGGAUCGCUGUGGAGGCUCCCAAGAGGCGGGGACGCAAGAAUAAUCAGACGGCCGACACAAGUGCCGAGAUGGCGCCUGUGGCUCGAAGUGAGAGCCACCCAAACGCGGGGCACGCACUUUCCAGCUGCUUUGUCGCUGACAGGUUCCUCACUAAUCUUGUGGUCCUUGAGGAUCUCGCACACGGCGACACGCUGGCGUUGGACCUGACACCGCACUUGCCCCCCGCUGUUGAUUAUGAGCGAGAUAUGGGAAUUCUGAUGAGACGACUGCGCGAGCUGCACCCUAUCAUUGCCUCCUGUAUUCUGCUGGAAGGGGGCGUACUAGUUCAUGAAUCCGUUCUCUCUACCGUGAAAGAGCGGCUGCGUACUGCCUUCGAAAAAAACCUCAAGGAAGGUGAGAAGAAGAGAGGAAAGAAGGUGCAGGAUCGUGUCGCGUUCGGUGACGAACACGAGCACACGCUCCUGCAUGUUCUCUCAGAGCUCACAGGCCUCGCCCAGGAGCAGUAUCAGCACGCGCUGGAAGAGCUGUCCGCACAAUGCAAGGAUGAGGCGCGCGAGAUUUACGAAGAAUUGGCGGCGGCUGUGGAGCAGAAUGCGUCGGUAGAUCUCAGGCGUAUGCGAGCCAAACUCCAGACUUCAUUGGGCGCAGCCUGGGUUGAUUUAAGCAUAGCCGCAAGAGGAGUCGCGUGGGCCGAAGUGCAACUCGAUGAGGCUGCAGCCACCGCUGUGAAUCGACAUUUGCUGGUCCUUCGCGCCUUACCGAUGGUGCGGGACAUUCUUCUUAACGAGAGUCUCGAUGCAGCCGAUCUGUAUGAACGUGUCCUUGAUAUUGUGGCAGUGGAAGAUGAACAAAAGCAACAGCCAACAGUCGCCACUUUUCAGAAGGCGCUGCGGGCUCUUCCGGAUAAAUAUCGACAGUCACUCUCACCAAUUCUGGAAGCACUAAAUGGUAAAUCUGUUGAAGGCUUCAUGAGCCGGCUGCAGACGAUGUGCUCCACAGGACAAAUUGCUAUCUCUGCUUUCCACCAGCCGGGUAAAAAACUGGAAAGAGAGGCUCUUGCGGCGUUAAGAAGGGCUCUGGUGGAACGGAUCGAGAGCAGCACCUUUACCGCUGAUGCAGUGCACAGCGGUGCUGUGUUUGCGUAUGUCUGCAGUCUGCUCAUACAUACGCACUUCCACGUUUACGUGGAGCUUCCGGGGCGUGCGGUGGGGAGUGCUGUGACGCGCCUCGUCAAGGAAGCAGAGACAGCUGUUGGAGACCUGCAGGACUGCCAUCAGCUCAUCACAGGAGCCCUUAAUGGAAAAGAACUGGGUGAGGAGUCUAUUGAAAAACUUGAGCAACUCCGAAAAGUGUCACUGGAAGGAGUAUAA